GGCAGGCCAAGUAUGGGAAGGCUGAGCUCUUCCAUCCAACUCAAACACCGACCGCAGUGUCGCUGGCAACACUGAUACCUCCCUCCUGCUGGACCUCCUCCCUCUUUCUCCAGCUCUCUCAGGCAUCGGCGUCGAGCUAGUCAUUCUUUUCACAACCUUCGUUCUUUUUGUCAAACACCUUGUUCUGCGCAGCGGAACACCGUCGCUAUGGCGUAUCGCGCGCAGCCGCACCACGAUCCCUACAGCCCUCAUACUGGCCACGCCGCCUACCCUGACUAUCCCCCCGCCCAAACAGCUGCAUUGACACCGGACUACCCGCCUGUCGCGCCCCAGCAGCACUAUGCGCCGUCAAACCAAGGCUACUACCAAGACUACGAUGCGCACUCGAACUGGGAGACCAAGUCAGCCAAGUCCUACCACAGUGGUUACUCGAACUCGCAAGCCCAUCUAGUGCACGACUAUCCCGCAGAUGCCAUCCCUCCGCUUCCGCCGCUCCCCUACCAGACCGCACAGCUCAACUACCCGCCCAUGCAGCAGAUGCGCCCGGGCGUGGGCUGGUCUGAUGCCCGGGAGAAGCUCCUCAAACAGCGUGUGGUCAAACAGAUCGAGCUGAAGGAGGGCAACCUCGUUCUGGACAUGCCGGCUCCUUCAUUCAUCGUCCCGAAGGGCAUGGAGGACAGCGAGGAAAUGACCAAGUUGCGAUACACAGCCGCGACUUGUGACCCCGACGACUUCAUGCGGAAGAAGUACUCCCUGCGGCCGUACCUCUAUAACCGUCACACUGAACUCUUUAUCGUUAUGACUAUGUAUAACGAGGACGAGGUCCUAUUCACGCGUACCAUGAACGCUGUCAUCAAGAACAUUGCACAUCUGUGUAGCAGGAACCGCUCCAAGAUGUGGGGCCCGAAUGGCUGGCAGAAGGUCGUGGUGUGCGUCGUCUCCGACGGUCGAAGCAAGAUCAAUAAGCGCACCCUUCAAGUCCUCUCCCUCAUGGGUUGCUACCAAGAAGGUGUUGCAAAGGACACCGUCGGUGGCAAAGACGUGACUGCCCAUAUCUUCGAGUUCACUUCCAACGUCGUCGUCUCGGAGAAGGGAGAGGUCUCCAAGAGUGCCUGUCCCGUUCAGAUCAUCUUCUGUUUGAAGGAGCAGAAUAAGAAGAAGCUGAACAGUCACCGGUGGUUCUUCAACGCUUUCGGUCCACUCGUUAGGCCCAACGUCUGCGUGCUUCUGGACGUUGGAACCAAGCCCACCGGUACAUCUAUCUAUGAUCUGUGGAAAUGCUUCGACAAGCACUCGAACGUUGGUGGUGCAUGUGGAGAGAUCUGCGUCGAUACUGGGAGGUAUUGCUGGUCUAUCUUGAGGAGUCCUCUGGCGGCUUCCCAGAACUUCGAAUACAAGAUGUCGAACAUCCUUGAUAAGCCUUUGGAGAGUGUCUUCGGCUACAUCAGUGUGCUGCCUGGUGCCUUCAGUGCCUACAGGUACAAGGCCCUCCUCAACGGCCCCGACGGCAAGGGGCCGCUCGCGUCUUACUUCAAGGGUGAGACGAUGCACGGCGGUAACAGCAGCGCAGGUCUAUUCGAGCGUAACAUGUACCUUGCUGAGGACCGUAUCCUCUGUUUCGAGAUUGUGACCAAGAAGCGCGAGGGCUGGAUCCUCAAAUAUGUGAAGAGCGCGAAGGCCGCAACCGACGUGCCUGAAACUGUCCCCGAGUUCAUCUCGCAACGCCGUCGCUGGUUGAACGGUUCCCUUUUCGCCACUGUGCACUCUACUUUCCACUUCUGGAGGAUAUGGACGUCCGGACAGAACCCCAUCCGGAUGUUGCUACUCCAACUCGAAUUUAUCUACAACGCGGUCCAGCUAAUGUUCACAUGGACGUCACUGGCCAACUUCUACCUGGCUUUCUACUUCUUGGUCUCUUCGGCAACUGCAGACAACGGCUCAGAAGGCGCGUUUCACUGGCUUAGCAAGGGCGCUGGUACUCAGGUCUUUGAGGCCUUCCUGAAGCUCUACAUCGCGCUCAUCUUCGUCAUCGUGGUGUGUUCGCUCGGUAAUCGUCCUCAAGGAUCGAAGUGGAUCUACGCGUUCUGCAUGGUGCUAUUCGGGCUGUGCAACAUCCUCACCCUCUGGUGUGCUGGUUACACAGUCUGGCUCGCAGUUCCUCACACCAUCGCUGGUUGGGAGGACUUCCCUAAGCUUAUCCAGAACAACGCUGCGUUCCGCGAUAUCGUCGUUUCCUUGGCUGCCACUUACGGUCUCUACUUCAUCGGCUCCUUCAUGCACUUCGAGCCGUGGCACAUGUUCACAUCCUUCAUUCAGUACAUGUUCCUCCUCCCGAGCUACGUGAACAUCCUGAUGAUGUACGCGAUGUGCAACCUUCACGAUGUUACCUGGGGUACGAAGGGUGACAAUGGAUCCGCCAAGGAUCUGGGCGGCGCUAAGAAGGUCAAGAACUCCGAUGGGCAGGAAAUGCUCGAGGUCGAGGUGCCCACCGCACGCGAUGACGUCGACCAGCUCUGGAAUGCAUCGCGCUACGCACUGUCUGUGAAGCCCCCAGAGCAGAAGGAGCACCGUGAUGCUGCCACCAAGCAGGCCGAUCAUGACCGCAACAGCCGUACCAACGUCGUCCUUACCUGGGUUGGCACCAACAUGGUCAUGAUCCUCAUCUUCACUUCGUCUGCAUUCACCUCGUGGGUCAGCGAGCACGUCUCACAAGGUGGUGACGACUCGACGUUCAACCCAUACCUCACCUUCCUCUUCUACUGCCUUGCUGGUCUCUCCGCCAUUCGUUUUGUCUGCUCGGCGAUCUACCUUAUCAUGCGCGUCUUUGGUCACUAAUCGCUGCUCAAUGGUGGAGAAACUUUUCGUUGAAUGUGAAUGUACUUGUCUGUUACUGUGAUAGGAUCCUAGCUAGAUCGAUCCUCCUUCGCUCUCCGGUUGAAUCUUGACGAUGGCGGAUGUGUGUUAGUAGGGCAGUUCUCUGUACAUCAUUGGUGUUAUACCCUUGUCUGGUCCCGUAGUGUGCUGCCCGAUGUUUGUCCUCACUGUGCCCUGGGUAAGGGUAGUAAUUUAUCGUUAUUUCUGGC